AUGUAUGUACAUAUGUGUUUUUUUUUGUCCUUUGUUUCUUAUUUUCUUACGACUUGUAAAUGCUCGCUUUUUGGUUUUGAGAACCAAUAGGUUCUUGAGUCCAAUCAUAGGCGCUCUCGUUUUCAAGAGUUAAACCAUUAUUGAUUUUGAGAAGACUUAUUCUGAAAUCGAGUAUGUUCAGUCUUAAAAAAGCAGUCUUGAUCUAAGUAAAUGUCUUCUUGAUUUCGGGAAAUCCAUUCUUGACGCACUAUUGAGCACGGAAAUACUGAAAUCGAGACAGUUGAGAACAGUUUUUUUCUCGGUGUACGUUGAUGCACAUGUAUGUUAUAAUAAAUAUUUGUAUAACUUCAUGGUGUUUUUAGUGCAAUUUUAAAUUCUUGAAAAUUUCUUUCAGCUCUCACUCUAUUGUGGUAAUCCUUGUUUGACUGAUCCCAACGUAUUGAGCGUAUGCAAGCUGCAGUAUUUAAGUCUUCCACGUCAAUAUCAAUUUUUUAUUAUCUUUUUUCAUCCAACGAAACGGGAACGCCUGAAGAAACUGCAAGAAGUAACGAGAUAAGAUAUCUAGGCCACAUAGUCAGCGCAAGAGGCAUACAUACCGAUCAGGAAAAAAUAGCCUCUACAUCCUCAACAUGCCAAGCCGACAGAUAACGAAGCCGGUUCACAGUUUUCUUGAGGUGGCCUCAUGGUAUAAAAGGUUCGUCCCUUACUUCACGGAACUGGCGCAACAGCUGUACACCUUAGUCAAGAAGGGUUCGAACUUUAAAAGAAACAAGGAGACAGAAGAGGCCGCUAAAAACUUGAAGAACGGUAUAACAGAAGCACCUGUUCCAGCUUGCCCUGGCUUUGAAAAGACCUUUGUACUCCAGACGGGACGCAGUAAGCAGCAGCACAGCUCGGCCAUAUCGCAACGCCGACACCACAGCGCCGAAGCCGUCUAUACAUCAGAUAUAGAGAAAGGCUUCUCCGAGACGCUAUUCUGUGUCAUAAUUGUAGAAGAACCCUGGACACUGCAAGCUAUACCGCCUCAAGAAACAGGGUCUAGUAGCACCCGAGCAAAUAAAAGACAAAUAGACAGUAACCUUGUUUAGAAACACCAGAGAUCGUUUACUCCCUUCCUCAACACAACACAAGAUAAACACCAUGGCGGACCAGUUAAAUCGAGGCUGGGAAAGCAACACAAAUAAAACCAAACUGGAACUUUCAAGCCAGAAACACUGAGCGAGUACAUGCUUAGGCAGAUAUCGGAGUUCACAAAGAACGGCAACCACAAAG